AUGGGUGGCUGCGCAGCGGUGACGCAGCGGCGUUCCGCAACCACGGACUCGCAUACUGGCGCUUCCGUAGUCCUUGUGGACCCCGAAAAGGCCGCUCAUGAGCGUGAUCGCAUUGCUCGCGGCCUGCUCACCACCAACUUCCCCGAGUUGCACGUCAACCAGCGCUCGGUGCUACUGUACAAGGACGUGAUGCACACAGUGCCGUACACGCUCACCAUCGCUGUAGACGGCAACGUCACUCGCCAAGAUGCGGAUCCUGUCGUCAAGGCAAUUCUGAGCGACUGUUUCGCGAUGGUGGACAAGCACCUCAACUCCUUUAACCCGGACAGCGAGGUGUCGCAGGUCAACAGGAUGCCGGUGGGAGAGAAGCACGUCAUGUCGAAGCACCUCUUCGAGGUGGUCAAGUGCUGCGAGGAGGUCUACAACAUUAGCGGCAGCUGCUUUGACCCGGCCGCAGCACCGCUGGUGCACAAGCUGCGCGAUGCCGCUUGCCGGCACGACUCCACCGCGGAGGACUUCGCCAUCACUUCGGAGGAAGCGGGGCGUUUCACCCUGACAAGCAGCUUUGCCAUCGACAUCAAAGAAGGGACCAUCGCGCGCAAGCACGAAGAGGCGAUGCUAGACCUGGGUGGCCUGAACAAGGGCUACACCGUUGACUGCGUGGUGGAUCAGCUGAAUGCAGCCAAUUUUGCCGACGUGCUGUUCGAGUGGGGCGGCGACUGCCGCGCCUCGGGUGUGAACGCGCAGCGCCAGCCGUGGGCAGUCGGCGUUGUGCGUCCGCCAUCGGUCGACGAGAUCCUCGCGGCUGCCAAGUCCGGCAAGUCAGUGACGAUGAAUGCGCACAGCCUUGGGGAUCACACGGAUGAAUCGGCGCAGUCGACGUCGGCCGCCGACGGGGCAGCCAAGGCUGAGCAAAGGGCGCUCCUGCGCGUCAUGUCGCUCAGCAACGAGGCACUCUGCACGAGCGGCGACUACGAGAACGUCCUCUUCGCCAGCGCGCUUGGCCGUGCUCUCUCAAGCACAUACAACUGGAGUCGCCGCUGCCUCAUCGAACCCUGCCAAAACGGACUGGCCCAGGUUACCGUCAAGUGCUACUCGUGCCUGUACGCCGACGCACUCGCCACGGCGAGCUUCGUGAAGCGCGACCCCGUGCGCGUGCGGUACAUUCUCGAGCACUACCGCCACGAUUACAACCGCGUGACCGACUACGCCGCCUACACGCGUGAGGGGGAGCGGCUGGCGCACAUGUACGAGAUCGCGCACGAGAGCCCGGCCUGUCGGAUAGAGCGCAUUGCCGGCUCGCUGCCGGCGCGUGUUGUUGUGAUCGGCGGCGGCCUUGCCGGUUGCGCGGCCGCCAUUGAGGCAGUGAGCUGCGGCGCUACCGUCAUUCUCCUGGAGAAGGAACCCCGGCUGGGUGGCAAUAGCGCUAAAGCCACCUCUGGCAUCAAUGGCUGGGGCACCCGCACGCAGGCCGUGAAUCACGUCCUGGACAACUGCAAGUUUUUUGAGCGGGACACUUUCCUCUCCGGCGAGGGUGGUCACUGCGACCCUGGGCUCGUGCGCACCCUCUCUGUAAAAUCCGCUGAAGCGAUUAGCUGGCUCGAGUCCUUCGGCAUCCCGCUAACCGUCCUCUACCAGCUCGGUGGUGCGAGCCGUAGGCGCUGCCACCGCGCGCCGGAUCAGAAGGACGGCACUCCGGUCCCCGUUGGGUUCACGAUCAUGCGUCACCUGGAGGACUACAUCCGCACUAAGCUGCAAGGCAAGGUGACGAUCUUGAACGAGAUGGAGGUGGUGAGCCUCAUGCACGACGUGAGCGCGAUGCCGGACGGAAACCGCGAGAUUCACGUGCAUGGUGUCCGCUAUAAGUCGGUGACCGAUGCGUCGGGGACGGUUAUGGAUCUGCUAGCAGACGCCGUCGUGCUUGCCACGGGCGGCUUCUCGAACGAUCGGACGACCAACUCGCUGCUGCGCGAGUACGCACCAAACGUGUACGGCACACCCACCACCAACGGCACGUUCGCCACCGGCGACGGUGUGAAGAUGGCGCGCAAGCUUGGUGCCACCCUGGUGGACAUGGACAAGGUGCAGCUGCACCCCACCGGUCUCAUUGACCCGAAGGACCCGUCGAAUCGCACCAAGUACCUUGGCCCCGAGGCGCUGCGCGGCUCCGGCGGCAUCCUGCUGAACAAGAACGGUGAGCGCUUCGUGAACGAGCUGGACCUGCGCUCCGUCGUGUCGCAGGCGAUUAUCGCGCAGGACAACGAGUACCCGGACUCGGGUGGCAGCAAGUUCGCAUACUGCGUGCUGAGCGAGGAGGCAGCGACGCUCUUCGGCAAGAGCUCCCUCACGUACUACUGGAAGUCGCAGGGCCUGUUCACCCGUGUGGAUGACAUGAAGGCGCUCGCCGAGCUCAUCGGCUGCUCGGUUGAAAGCCUGCAUCGAACCCUCGAGACAUACGAGCGCCAGAGCACGGUAAAGAAGGUCUGCCCGCUGACUGGCA